AUGGCCCCCAAACGAAAAUCAAGCGCUCUCGAAGAAAGUAGCGCCGAACAGCCAACACUGCGCCGCUCGUCUAGAGCUAGAGGAGCAGCGAAUGGCGACAAGGCCUUGGCUCCCUUGUCUGCUCAAGACGGCAAGAAAUCGCCGAAGGUAGUGGCCAAAGAUACCAAACGCAGGCGACCUACAGGUCAGGACAAGCCCAUUAGCGCUGCCAGUAAGGUCGACUCGGGAUCACCGGCUACUACGGGAAACACAUCAGAGUCAACCGAGGAUGCUGCAGCCACGGGCGACGGCGCCAGGCAGUAUUGGCUCAUGAAAGCCGAGCCAGAGCCCCGGUUUGAGCGUGGUAUCGAUGUGAGCUUCUCUAUCGAUGACCUCGCCGCAAAGUCGGAGCCAGAACCAUGGGAUGGUAUCCGCAACUAUGUCGCACGAAAUAAUUUGCGUUCGAUGAAGAAGGGCGACCUGGCCUUCUUUUAUCAUUCGAACUGCAAGGAACCGGGAAUCGUAGGAACGAUGGAGGUUGUACAAGAGCAUUCACCCGAUCUCUCCGCACAUGACUCUAAAGCACCUUAUUACGACGCUUCUUCUAAGCCUGACAACCCGAAAUGGAGUGUUGUUCAUGUCAAGUUCCGGAGCAAGUUUGCUGCACCUAUCACACUCAAGGAGCUGCGAGAAAUGGGUUCCGGGCCUGGCAAGCCACUGCAGAACAUGCAGAUGCUCAAGCAGUCCCGCCUGAGCGUUAGCAAGGUCUCUGAAGCCGAAUGGGAACACCUUAUGGGUAUAGCAAAAGAUAACGGGCCGCUUCAGACAGCCGGUGUAUGAUGCAGUGAUGCUAGAUGGUUCAUCGUCGUCUGUGAAACCGUCCGAGCCUAUGUCUAACGCACCUGUGUGCUACCAGGGCUUUGCCUUUUACCGGUUCAGGGGCCGCAGAUGAAGGUAUUUGGUUGUUGAUCUGGCAUUCUUGUGGCCAUGGGCCUUUUUAAUGUAUAUUAAUCCUUAGAUGGCAG